AUGGCCAACGGAUCUGCUGCUGCGAACGGGGUCGUCCCCAGCUACCUGCUCACAGACAAGGUUGCUCUCGUCACCGGCUCUGGCCGUGGCAUGGGUCGCGAGACCGCUCUCGAGCUUGCUCGCCGAGGUGCCGACGUCGUCGUUAACUACGCCAACUCCUCCGAGGCCGCAGAUGUGCUGGUGAAAGAGAUCAAGGCCCUGGGUCGGGACUCCAUUGCCGUCAAGGCCAACGUUGCCAACGUUAAGGAGACGAUUGAGAUGUUCGCAAAGGCAAAGAAGCACUUUGGCAAGAUCGAUAUUGUUGUCUCAAACAGCGGUGUCGUCUCCUUCGGCCAUCUGAAGGACGUCACCGAGGAGGAGUUCGACCGUGUCUUCAACAUCAACACCCGUGGCCAGUACUUCGUUGCUCGCGAGGCGUACAAGAACCUCGAAGUUGGCGGCCGCAUCAUCCUGAUGGGCUCGAUCACAGGUCAGGCCAAGGGCGUGCCAAAACACACCGUCUACUCCGGCUCAAAGGGUGCCAUUGAGACUUUCGUGCGUUGCAUGGCUAUCGACUGCGGUGACAAGAAGAUCACGGUGAAUGCGGUGGCUCCCGGUGGUAUCAAGACUGAUAUGUACCACGCUGUGUGCAAGGAGUACAUUCCAAACGGCGAGAACUUGAACGACCAGCAGGUUGAUGAGUAUGCGGCGACUUGGUCGCCUAUGAACAGAGUCGGCAUGCCCAUUGAUGUGGCGCGUGUGACUGCAUUUUUGGCAUCGCAAGACGGAGAAUGGAUCAACGGCAAAGUGCUGGGCAUCGAUGGUGCUGCAUGCAUGUAA